AUGGAGCCGAAUGGAAACACACUCCCGGAGGAGGCUAACAAGCCUCCAGAGGGCGUGGUGCUACCUCCUAAAGAUAUUCGAGCCAUUGUUGAAAAGACCGCUGGCUAUGUCGCUCGUAAUGGAAUCACCUUCGAAGAGCGUGUCCGCGACAAGGAAAAGAACAACCCCAAGUUCUCUUUUCUGCUCCCAGGAGAUGCAUAUGCGCCUUUUUACCAAUGGCGACUUGUCGAGAUCAAAGAAGGCCGAGGAUCUGCCGUGGCAGCAGGACGAGCUGGCGAAACAGUCGCCGCGGAACCCGAAAAGCCCAAGGGGCCACCCGAGCCCGCCGCAUUCCACUUCUCAGCGCGCAUGCCUAUUAUCAACGCACAGGAUUUGGAGGUUGUGAAGCUCACAGCCUUGUUUGUUGCCAAGCGAGGCAAGUCUUUCAUGACCGCAUUGUCUCAACGUGAGGCGAGAAACUUCCAAUUCGACUUCCUACGACCCCAACACAGUCUUUACCAAUUCUUCACUCGUCUCGUCGAUCAGUACACCAUCUUGUUACGUGCCGAGGGAAUAGAUGACGCAACAUCGUCUGAGAAAAGAAUCGCAGAAUUGGAACAAAAUGUACAGAACAAAUUCCGAGUUAUGGAGCGCGCUACGCAGCGAGCCGAGUGGGUAAAGUUCCAGGAGAAACAAAAGAUGCAGAAGGAAGAGCAAAGUGAGCAAGAGCGAAUCGAAUACGCCCAGAUUGAUUGGCAUGAUUUCGUGGUGGUCGAGACUGUUGAAUUCACCGAACACGACGACCACGCAGAGUUGCCACCCCCAACAUCACUGAACGACCUGCAGUCAGCCUCCCUUGAACAAAAGGCUGCAAUGUCUCUCAACACACGGCGCAUCGAGGAAGCUAUGCCUACAGACCUCGACAACCCAAGCUACUACAAUGCCUACCCAGUACAACCUGUUCAAAUGCCUCCUCCUCAACCCUCCAUCUCGCCCUACUCAGCAGGCCCCUACGCCCCACCCGGGCAAUACUCCAACCCCGAAGAGGAACAGCGCAUCCGCGAACGCACUCAAGCCCGCGAUCAAGCUGCCGCGGUGCAAGCCGCUGCCCAGGCGAUUCCAGGCCAGCAGCCAAUGCGUAUUCGCUCAGACUACGUGCCACGCGCCCAGGCCCGCCGUCAACAAGCUGUCCAAAUGGCAAUCUGCCCAUACUGUAACCAGAAGGUUCCCUCGGCCGAACUGGAUGAACACAUUCGUAUUGAGCUCCUGGAUCCGCGCUGGAAGGAGCAGCGUGCCAAGGCCGACUCCCGCAGUGCAACCACCAAUUUGUCCACUGUCGACGUGGUCAAUAACCUCAAGCGUCUCGCCAGUCAGCGCAGCGAUGUCUUUGAUCCCUCCCCCGUCGACCCGGAGGAGGAGGCUCGGCGCAAGCGGUUGGCUAUGGGUGCAACCGACGGCUCUGCGCAAGUUCCGCCCGGUGCGCAAAAUCCUAAUCCUCAGAGCAUGAAUAUCGAAGACCAACUCAGACAUAUCCAUCAACUCGCCAAGCAAUGA